UAGUUUUGUGUUUUUGUUUUUAAUACGUACUUCUGCUAGUGAGUCGUAACAUCUUAAUUAUUCCCAAAUUUGAACAAGACAUUGAUUUAAGAAAGAGUGACGUCAUCGAAGAAGCUUAUAGCUACGGCGGCUACAGUAUAUAUGACCCGUGGCGUCUGCUGCUUAGAUUACAUCCAACGCGCAAAAAACUGGAACAAAGUGAAAGAAUCUAAGGAGAACAUAAUGAAGGAUCAGGUUGUACGUACAGAGUUUACAGACACGGGAUACGGUAAGAACUAUGUCAAACUGCUUCAAUUGAGACGUGAGGGCGACGCCCACCAUAUUCAGGAACUGGAAGUGAAUGUAGAACUCACCCUUAAUAACCAGCGAGAAUAUCUGUAUGGGGAUAACACAGACAUCAUCGCCACCGACUCACAGAAAAACACUGUCUACAUACUUGCUAGGAAAUAUGGGGUGAAGUCCCCAGAAGAGUUUGCUAUACUUUUGUGUAAUCACUUCCUCUCCAAGUAUAGCCAUGUGGACAAAGUGACAGUUUACAUUCAACAGGCACCUUGGAAACGAAUGAAAAUUGAUGGGGAUAAACAUGUCCAUGCAUUCCUCAUCAGUGAUGAAGCCACUCGGUUCUGUGACUGUGUACAUGCUAGAGGAGGCAAACCUUUAGUAUCGGCUGGCCUGAAAAAGAUGAAGAUCCUGAAAACAACACAGUCAGCAUUCACAGGUUUUGUGAAGGAUGAGUUCCGGACCCUCCCUGAUGCUAAUGACCGACUGUUCUGUACUGUAGUCGAAUCUCACUGGUGGUACAACACCCAUGACCAUGUCAAUUUUGACAAAGUAUGGAGCACAGUGAAGAAGGUUAUCCUGGAGACAUUUGCUGGCCCAGCACAUGAGGGUGUGUUUUCUCCGUCUGUACAGAACACUCUCUACCUUACUGAGAAACAUGUUUUGGCUAGAAUUCCACAGAUAGAGAAGAUUGAGAUGGAACUCCCUAAUGUCCAUUAUUUUGGUGUUGACUUCAAUCGUUUCCCCAAGAUCCACUUUGACCACAAUACAAACGAAAUAUACAUGCCUACAGACAAACCAUCUGGAAACAUCCGUGCUGCUAUACAGAGGAAACCCCAGUCAAAACUAUAAAGUUGAUCAAUGGAUUAUAGUUCUACAUAAUAUUAAGUGUAUUUUUUGUUGUUGAUUAUAAUAUUCUCAACAUAAGAACAUAACAAUUAUAGUACAUUACAGUUUUACUUGAUCUGUUGAUGAAAAGUUACAUAUAUAUUCAUUUGAGCCUCUUAAUAUUCCCGAUACAUGUAUUUUAGUUACCAUUAAAAUUGGCCCAGAUACAUAAAUAGAUGUGCACAAGGAGUCCUAUCUUCGUUAUGUGUGAGAAAAUCCACAGUGCUAGGCAGGAGACUAUAUUUCACUUCCAAUCAGAGCUAGAAGCCCUGGCCAGUUGCCUUGGUGAAAGACAUCAUCACCCACAAGAUUUAUUGGUAAUUUAUUGAAUUUCAUAACUUUUUGUAUAAAUAAUAUAAAGUAUCUCUGGUAAUACCAAUACUGGUAUAUUCCCAUUACAAAUAGAUCUGCAAGCACUUUAUACGGAUUUUUGUUGGAAGUCAUAAAACAUAUGAUUUUCAAUAUUUUUAUAUAUCCCAACACUAUAUAUAAUACAUGUAUUCCUACUAUAUAUUGUCUAUUUUUAACAGAAGAAGUGCAAUUCGAGGCAGGCCUGACUGCACGUGGGUCCCAAAAUCAUUUUAUACAUUAGUAUAGAAAUGUCCCUCUAUGAGCGGUGACCCUAAUCUGUCUGGGCCCUUAAUGAUCUCUUCUUCAUAUAAGAAUGGAAUGCUCAUCAGAGAAAGAGGAGUCAAUAUUAUAGACAUGCUAUUAAUUACAACUACAUUGUGUAUUCAGAAUCUUUUUUUUAGUAUUUGAAGAUGUAAAGUCUAGAUGUGUUGUUCAAAUUUAUUUACAUGUAUAAGGUUUAUCUUGACUGUUGGACUAAUCUGACCUCUCUGACCUCUAUAUACUAUCUCCAUUGGCCCUGUUUGCCCUUCUGACCAUAAACUCUACACGUAUGGACUGUGAGGUUGUAAUGUGUGUCAACCUUUUGACCUUAGUUGCAUGUUUACUCUGUUAUUGCAGUUGUUGACUAAUGUUAUUAAUACUAUCAACAAGUAUAUAUACUGACCCCUGUAAGGUAUGCACACAGUAUAUAUAGAACAAAAGUGAUCUCUACACCUGUUAUACAGUUCAGCUACACGUAACAGUCAUUUAAAAUCACAGAGCCAUCUCUACCCCUGUAAAAUAGUUCAGCUACAUGUUACAGUCAUUUAAAAUCACAGAGCCAUCUCUACACCUGUAAAACAGUUCAGCUACAUGUAACAGUCAUUUAAAAUCACAGAGCCAUCUCUACACCUGUAAUACAGUUCAGCUACA